AUGCUGAGCCUCUCCAGCGGAGCGGACAGAGUCGGGUGCCCAGGCCACCGGCUGGGCUGGUGCCGGGAGCGGGCGCCCGGCCCUCCCCCGCGCAUCUCCGCUCGCUUCUCUGCCCGCGUCUGCCCGCAGCCCCCGCCCUGUCCUCCGGGCAGCUCGGGCGCCGCCACCAACUGCCCGCCGCGUCCCCAGGCGGGUGACUCAGAGCGCCGCCGCCAGCAGCCCACGGCUGGUCCCGGGCGGGCAUAUAAAGGCGCCCCGAGCGGGACGCGGCGCGCUCCGAGCAUGGCCCGCGGUGGCGGCGGCGGCGGCGGCCCGGGAGGCGCGGGCUGGGGGCUGCGCGGGGCGCUGGCGGCGCUGGCCCUGCUGGCGGCGCUCAACGCGGCGGGCACCGUGUUCGCGCUGUGCCAGUGGCGCGGGCUGAGCGCGGCGCUGCGGGCGCUCGAGGCGGAGCGGGGCCGCGAGCAGCGCCAGGACAGCGCCCUGCGCGCCUUCCUGGCCGAGCUGAGCCGCGCGCCGCACCGGGCGCCCGCACCCGCCCCGGAGCCCGCGGGCGCCGCCGCGCGCAGCAGGCGCAGCCACGCCGGGGAGCCCGCGCCGCACGUCCGCGCCGAGAGCCACGACAUGCUGAUGAUGAUGACCUACUCCAUGGUGCCGGUCCGGGUGAUGGUGGAUCUGUGUAACAGCACCAAGGGCAUCUGCCUGACAGGCCCACCCGGCCCACCAGGUCCUCCCGGAGUUGCCGGCUUUCCAGGUCACAACGGUUCAGACGGGCUCCCCGGGCCCCAGGGCUUGAAAGGCGAAAAAGGAUCCAGUGGAAAAAGAGGGAAGAUGGGACCACCUGGUGCCACCGGAAGUCCAGGGCAAAAGGGAGACCCUGGCGAACUGGGGUUGACCGGAAACGAGGGCCCAGCAGGGCAGAAGGGUGAAAAGGGGGACAUGGGGGAUGUGUCCAACGACCUGCUCCCCACAGGUAUCAAAGGUGACCCAGGCCCACCUGGCCCACCUGGACCCCCAGGGCCUCCAGGGCCCCCCGGCCCCCCUGGAAACAGAAGAUCCAAAGGCCCUCGGCCACCCAACAUAUUCAAUGGCCAGUGCUCAGGGGAGACAUGUGCUGUUCCCAAUGAUGACACCUUGGCUGGGAAAGCAGAUGAGAAGGCCCACGAGCACCGCUCCCCGAGCGCAGAAUCCACCAUUGCUUCCAUCGGAAGCCCGACACAGGUGCUGAAGGUGUCGGAGACAUUCGGGACUUGGAUUCGAGAGUCCGCGAACAAGAGUGACGAGCGCAUCUGGGUGACGGAGCAUUUCUCAGGCAUCAGGGUGAAGGAGUUCCAGGACCAGCCGGCGCUGCUCAAUGGGAGCUUCACGCUCAUCCACCUGCCCUACUACUUCCACGGCUGCGGUCAUGCCGUCCACAACAGCUCGCUCUACUACCACAAAGGCGGCUCCAGCACCAUCGUCAGAUUUGAAUUUGAUAAAAAAACAUCCCAAAUGCUGAAGAUUGAAAACGCCUUCUAUUUUGAUCGGAAAUACCUCUUUGCCAAUUCCAAGACUUACUUCAAUUUGGCCGUGGAUGAGAAGGGCCUUUGGAUUAUUUACGCAUCCAGCGUGGAUGGCUCAAGCAUCCUUGUGGCCCAGCUGGACGAGAGGACAUUCUCUGUGGUACAGCAUAUCAACACCACCUACCCCAAGUCCAAGGCCGGCAAUGCCUUCAUUGCCCGGGGGAUCCUCUAUGUCACAGACACCAAGGACAUGAGGAUAACGUUUGCCUUUGAUUUGUUAGGAGGGAAGCAGAUCAAUGCCAACUUUGAUUUCAGAACUUCCCCAUCUGUCCUGGCCAUGUUGUCAUACAACAUGAGAGAUCAGCAUUUGUAUUCUUGGGAAGAUGGCCACUUAAUGCUUUAUCCCGUGCGGUUUCUGUCCCCUACGCUAAACCAGUGAUGAGCUGUAUAUUGUUCCCCUCGGUACAUUUCUGAG